AACAACUCAGGGUAAAAUUAGAAGCAAUUUGGGAGGACAAGGAAAUCCCUUUGCCUAGUGAAGGGCAGCAAGAUUUGAAGGUAGAUCCACCUGGCCUCAAAACCAUCACUCCAGAGCAAAGUAACAGAAAAGCAGCAUCACCCACGGGUUCUGCUCACAGCUCUGAACGCACAACUGUCACCCUUAGCUCCUUACAACAGGCUGCUUUUUAGUUAGGGUGGGGCAAAAGAGGCAUAUGGAUGUACUAGAAAAUCAAAGCAGUUAAUAUUUACAAUUAGAGUCCCUCCCACCCCAGUGAGAAGAGACUGCAAGCCCAGACAGAGCUGGUCUGGCCAGCUACCUCAUAAGAAAAUGCCUUGGGAAAAGCCAAAAGAGUCUCUGCUAAACACCAUUGUCAGCUAAAAGGAAAAGAAAUCCCUUUUAAGGAACUAUUUAACUUCAACAGACUGCUUUUCUGCCAGGAUUUUCAAUCCCUCUGAACAUAAGCCGAACCACAGACUGCAGCACGUAUGUCUGGAUCCUGGCUUUUCUUUUUCUUCUCAGAGCUUUAGCACCAGUUGUUAGCCAAAAAUAAACACCAUUCCUCAACCAUAUAUGUCCACCAGCCCAGCGCUGGGGAGGAGGAGCAGGAGGUAGGUCAGUCCCUGGGCUCCAGCGGCACUCACGUGCGGCCGCUGCUCACCAUGCACAUCACCCAGCUCAACCGCGAGUGCCUGCUGCACCUCUUCUCCUUCCUGGACAAGGACAGCCGGAAGAACCUGGCCAGCACCUGCUCCCAGCUCCAUGCUGUGUUUGAGGACCCCGUGCUCUGGCCCCUGCUGCACUUCCACUCCCUCACUGAACUCAAGAAGGACAACUUCCUCCUGGGCCCGGCGCUCCGAAGCCUCUCCAUCUGCUGGUACUCCAGCCGCGUGCAGGUGUGCAGCAUCGAGGACUGGCUCAAGAGCACCUUCCAGAGGAGCAUCUGCAGUCGCCACGAGCGCCUGGUUGAUGAUUUCCUCCUCCAGGUGUGUGACAGGUGCCCCAACCUGGCGUCCGUCACGCUGUCGGGCUGCGGCCACGUCACCGACGACUGCCUGGCGCGCCUGCUGCGCUGCUGCCCGCGCCUGCGCGCGCUGCGCCUGGAGAACUGCGCGCGCGUGAGCAACCGCACGCUGGCUGCCGUGGCGGCGCACGGGCGCGCGCUGCAGACGCUGCACGUGGACUUCUGCCGCAACUUCCGAUUAAGUCCAUUGGCAAUGGAACCAUUAUACGCUGAUGCAAAGAUAUUAACCUGCUGGAUCUGCUGGACGUGGGCACAUGCCUGGACUUCCAAUUUCAAGUCCAGGGCUUUAAUCACUGACGUCCCACCUUUAGUAAAGGCUCUCAGACACCCAGCAGCCUCCUUGUCCCGGGUACCUGGGAAAAUUGGAUAA